UUUUCUACCGCAGGUUUUAAAUGACUACGUCACGAAAGGAGCACACAGCUAGUAUCGCUAUCACACAACUCGGCAAGGCAUGGAUUGAACGACACUGCCGUAGCGACACGACAAGCGCAACUGUGUGCGGUUCGGAGCAAUUAUCAUGCUUUUGAUGGUUGGUGAGGAUUAGGUGUAUGGUUUGACCUUCUGAUUGAUUAUCAACAAUGGAAAAGAUUGACAACUAUUUCUAGGAGGAGGAAGUUAUGAAUUCUUGGAGUUAACUGUUUGAAAAAGAUUGUGAUUUAAGAUUUUAAAAUGGAUUACCUCGUUCCAUUUAGUAUCAUUUCCAUCCUGUUCCUGUGCCAGGAAUUAUGGGUAGCCGCUGAUAAUGCAAUCGUUGUCAAAGAAGAAGAGUCUAUGUAUCAAUGGAUAACAGGGGUCUGGGGCGGAUGCAAAAGUAAUUUCUGUGGUGAUGGUGGAGUGAGACUUCGUUCUGUUGGCUGCUUCCAAAUGAGUGGAUACGAAACAUUAGACUUCCACUGUCGGAAUAUUCCAAAACCAAAAACGAAAAAGCCAUGCUUCAAAAUCUGUGAUGAACACAAAAAUAUGGUCGCAUGGAAAAUAACAAACUGGGGCGAAUGUAGUCAAAGAUGGGAAGAUGUCCCAUGUCUAGGAACAACAACAGAGGGUGUUAUUAGACGCACCGUCCAGUGCCAUAUUUUAGACUCAAUGGACCAGUUGGAGAAUGAAGUGUGUGAAUAUUUUGAAGCAAUGCCCGAAACAGAAAAAGAGUGUGAAUUUAUAUGUCCGCAAAAUUGCGUCGUGUCUGAGUUUGGACCUUGGAGCACAUGUGUGUCAUGUUUGAUGGAGAAUCGGACUCGUACGCGACAGGUUUUGUCGCCGCCACAACAUAAUGGUGCUGCAUGCCCAGACUUGUCCGAGAUGCAACCAUGUCCAGCACAAGAAUGUGACAAUGGCGAAAAGAAAUACUUAUAUAAAGUUGGCCCGUGGCGACGGUGUCGGCAGUAUAAAGGGAAACGACAUAAGCAUUUUAUUCACCCGUUGGGAUACCAGAUGAGGGAUGUGGAAUGUAUCGAUUCAGAUGGAGUCAUUGCGGAUAAAGUGCAGAUUGUGCUGGACGUAGCAACCGUUAUGGAUUUUCCCAGCGAAUGCAUCAAAGAUGAGAAACCACCCCCAGAAGAAAGACGAGCAUGUGCGAUUCCCCAGGACUGUGUGGUAUCAAACUGGACCCCCUGGCGCCCGAUGAACCACUCCUGUUUGAUGAAUACAGGUGAAGUACUCCCAGGAUAUCAUUGGAGGACGAGGAUAGUGAUGGUUUUAUCAGUUGGUGAGGGUGCCCCAUGUCCUGUGUUGGAAGAAACUGCCUUGAACACGGAAGAAGAAGCAAAGGUAUUAUGCAAAAGUUACAAAUGGCUAACAGCUGCUUGGAGUGAUUGUGAGUCUCCAUCACUGGAUGCUGACAUGAAAGCAGAUGGAUGUAACUCUGGCCUGAUGGACAGGAGGGCGAUCUGUGUGAGAGAAAAUGAUGGAGUACCAGUCAACAGUGUGCACUGUAACACGGCCCCACCAACCCAGGUCAAAAGCUGCGAACUUGCAUGCUCCCAAACGUGUGUUGUGUCUUCUUGGUCAAAAUGGUCAACCUGUGAACCGCAUAAGUGCGUCAAUGAAAGACUUGUAGCAAUACACCGAGUACGAAAUGACGGGAGUAACACGCCCGACCUCAGCUACGACCUAAUGGCUGAACUACACCCCAAUCGUGAGGAGGUUGAUAUGAAAGGUGACAGAAUCCGCUAUCGUAAGAUCGAAAGCCUCCCGAAGAAUGAAACAGUACAGUGUCCCCAUCUGGAGGAGAGUCAAUCAUGCUUCCUACCUGCCUGCUACAGCUGGGUCUUGGGUAAUUUUGGUCAUUGCCAGCCGCAAGAUGAGAAGAAAAACUGUGGAAUUGGAUUCAGGCAUCGAUCGGUGCAUUGUUAUGGACAUGAAGAGAAAGAAAAAGUAAAAGAUGGGAUGUGUCUACGUGAAGUUCCCAAACCAGCCAUUAAGGAUGAAUGCUUCGUACCAUGCGAGAAUGAUUGCGUCUUAUCAGAAUGGAGUCCGUGGACACAUUGUUCUAAAACAUGCGGUAGUAGGCGCCACCCGGGGCAGAGACGACGAUACAGGACAAUUUUGGCUUACCCGAAGGAAGAUUGUUCUAAAACAUGCGGUAGUAGGCGCCACCCGGGGCAGAGACGACGAUACAGGACAAUUUUGGCUUACCCGAAGGAAGGCGGGCAAGAGUGUCCUGGGAAGAGUCGGCUUGUUGAGACCCUGCCAUGUUCUGCCGAGUUCUGUUCCCAGUAUCACUGGGGGACCUCCCCGUGGGAGAAGUGUAUUACCAUCAAUAAGACUGAGUGUGGCCCUGGAUCACAGAUGAGACAAGUCAUAUGCUACAAGGGCAACAAGGCUGUCCCUGAGAAAAGAUGUUACCCUGACAUCAGACCCGAUGCAACGCGAAACUGUACCGCUCCCUGCCCUAUAAACUGUAAGAUGACCAAGUUCUCAGAGUGGACCUCUUGUCCUGUUACAUGCAUGGCAGACAAAAAGGAAAAGCCAUAUCAAAUUCGUCAGCGCUACAUUCUCCAGCAUGCCCAAUAUGGGGGCACCAACUGCCCCUAUGGGAAUCGACAGACUCGUGUCUGCCCUGGACUUGAACCAUGCUACCGCUAUGGAUGGGAGCCAACAAAAUGGUCAGGCUGCGUAUUGCCACACAGAGAUCAGGAAUGUGGAAAUGGUGUAAGGACAAGAGCGCUUUACUGUGUGAGGACCAACAUCAGCGUCAAUGAAAGUGUGACAGUCACUAUUGACGAAUGUAUCAAACAUGGCUAUGAACCACCCAGUGUGGUGCAAGACUGCGUCCUCUCAUGUGACAAGCUAUGCGAUUUGUCCGGCUGGUCUGAUUGGUCGAGAUGUACCAAGUCGUGUCUUGGUCAUAAGCGGCGUUCACGGUUUAUGAUUGGCUCUAGCAUAUCCAAAGAGGAAUGCCGCGAUAAGGAAAAAUACCCAAUGGUUGAAAAAAUACAAUGUAAAUGUCCAAAAUACACUGUAAAACACGUUGGUGAUUGGUCUGAUUGCAUCUUGGAGGUAGAGGGCAAAGGUCAUCCCAUCAUAGGUCAUGGCAUCAAGGGCGAAUGUGGUGGUGGUAGACGAUACAAGGCGCUGAUGUGUAAAGAUGAUAAGGGAUUUAAAGGGAGAGCAUUAGAGUGCUCGGAUAAAGCAUUCAAGGAAGAAGUGUGUGUCUUCAACUGCCACAAGGAUUGCUUAAUGUCCAAGUGGACACCUUGGACAGCUUGCACUGCCACCUGUGGAUGUGGAGUGCAGACUAGAACACGAAAACUGAUGGAGAAAGCUCACGUUGGAGGCCGGAAGUGUCCAAAGUUGGAUAACUCAAAGCAGGAGACUGAAACGAGACCAUGCUGUGGUGACUCAUGUGACAACUACAAGUGGAUCACAGAACCUUGGAGCCAGUGCAGCCUUGGGAUGCCCAUGGCAGGUAUGGAGGACUUUAACUGCGGACCUGGUACCCAGGAGAGAUCAGUCAGAUGUGUGUAUGAGUCAUCACGAACUACCCAGAAAGAGAUCAACGCAUCUAUGUGUGAUCACCACGCAAAACCUCAACAGACAGCCUUCUGUCAUGUUCCUUGUCCCGGCGACUGUAUCGUCAGCCAAUGGUCUGAAUGGUCUCUGUGCCCACAGCCUUGCGACAUCCUCCAGUCAGGAACUCGUCAUCGAAGUAUCCUCCAGAAAGCCAAGGCCAACGGACCGCCCUGCCCCCAGCUCAACGAAAUACAACCAUGCAUCCUCAAUCAGACAUGCCAUGAGUAUUCAUGGCAAUUUACCACCUGGAGCAGUUGUCUCUUGCCUGGUGCUGCCACUUGUGGAAAUGGGAAGAAAAUACGGCAUCGUCAGUGUGUGCGCCAUGAUAGGAGAAUCGUUGCUAGUGAACAUUGUGAAGGGUUGAAUGAAAGUAAAGUGGCUGGGCCUUUGGAGAUCUCCUGCUCGACGACGUGUGAUGUAGACUGCGUGGUCUCCCAUUGGUCAGAGUGGACAAAGUGCGACAGGGACUGUGGCAUCGCAUACAAGCGACGCUGGAGGUCCAUACUUCUGAAACCUGAAGGUCGGGGGCGUGACUGUCCACCGUUACUGGACCAGAAGAUGCCGUGUGAGGUGAAGAUGUGUUAUAAGUGGGACGUGUCUCAAUGGACAGAGUGUCAAGUCCUGGAGUCUGGGUGUGGAGGAGGCAUGCGUUACAGAAACAUAACUUGUCGCCAAGAUGAUGAAAAGAAAGUCAGUCGAGAUCUUUGUGUGAAAAAUCUUGGGCGAUUAGAGGAUCUUCAAACAGAGACCUCAUGUCGAGUGCCUUGUCCUGGGGAUUGUGUCAUGUCGCGAUGGUCCCGUUGGGGAGAGUGUGUUAGAAAGGGUGAUGGGCCGGAUGAAGAAGGCAUCCAAACACGCUCCAGGGCAAUCCUCAGCUUCCCGGCCCAUAGUGGUGCACCUUGCCCAACUGACCUAUGGGAAACACGGCCAUGCAAAGAAGGGGAGUACUACACAUUUAAAUGGCAUGUUUCAGAUUGGAAGAAUAAUACGAGGGAUACAUGGUGUCAGCGAUCAGAUGGUAUCAGAGCUAUAGGGGGAUGUCCUGAAUCCUUGAAGCCGCUCACAAUCAAAUCAUGUAACCCAGAAUGUCUCGUCCCGAACACCUACUGCCACGAUAUCAAUGAAUGCCGAUGUUUGGAAGGUUUUGAUGCAAUCCUUGACUCACAGGGGGCGCUGCGUGAUUGUAACAUGACAGUCAAUGCGAGUCAGAAGACACAAGACGGUACGGAGAUGCUUGCAAUCUACUAUCCACAUCCACCGACAUCUUCAAAAUAUCCCGCAAAAAAAGAUGACGUUACGAAUUUUUGGAUGUACGCCGUUAUUGGAGCUGGAUCUGCUUUUAUCAUAUUCGUGGCAAUAGCUUUGUACACCAUGUGUCGGCGUUUUGAGAAAGAGCGUCGCCAGCAACAACUCUCAUGUGUGGAACAGCAAUCCGACUCGAACCCGAGCUCCGGCCUCGCCAACAACUCCCAGCAUACCCAUUCCAAAAAAGUCGGUCUGACCUCAGUUCAUCCUCUCAACCCCAUGACCCCGUCGCGGAUCGAAAAAAGAGAGGAACCCAAGUACCGCCGUGACCGUAGUCAUCAGCCCUUCUCCCAGAGCUAGUCGUGAUAUCUCUGGUGUCAACUUGUAUGCUUUGAAUGAAAAUGGUGCGUCACCAUCAAGGGAGCGCCUUACUCCAAAACUGCCUCACUUGUGAUGCAACUUCAGACAAAACUGGUGACUCUAGACUCGUAUGAUAGAAAUGUGCUAACUCGGCGCCUGUCGCAUCUCUGAUGUGCCAGCGCUAGCAGCAAUAAAGAAAGUAGUGAUUCUGGAUCUGUUGAUUUCUUCAACUUGAACUUGACCUUGAAGAAAAUAGCAGGUUCAUGGUUGACCGUGGAAACAUCGAGGUCACUGAAAGAAAUGGAAUACAAAUGGCCAACUAGCUGUGUAGGGAUGCACCUAUGGAGGAUACUGGUGACCCUAGAUAUGUUUUGUAAGACUAUUAAUAAUGCGAUAACUGACAAGUCACUCUUGGUAUCACGCCAUUUGUAAUAUCAACUGUCAGUGUGACUGACCAGUGAUAUUGUGAUCCUAUGCUUGGAGUGUCAAAAAAAGUGACAGCGCAAGCAGGUGGUCAUGUUUGACCUUAAAUAUGUUUUAACAGCUUAAAAACCACCAGCGUUCAGGUGUUAUAUUGAAAGGACUGGACCUCGUGAGGGAUUAGGUCAUAGACAAUGUCCACCCAGCAGUGAAAUGGAAAGGACUGGACCUUGUGAGGGAUUAGGUCAUAGACAAUGUCCACCCAGCAGUGCAAUGGAAAGACAGUUGAUGCCGCUUGAGUUGUGUAAAGCUUCAUAUAUUUUUUACUUUCAUUGUCGUGUGCAUGAUUGUCUCACUUUAAUGCCGAACCAAUAUUUAGAAUUGUAAGAAGCAAUUUACAGUAGCCCACAUUGGAUAUCAUAGAAUAAAUCCAGAGACAUAACUUC